CAACAAUGCAUUUGGAUCAUAAGCUGCCUUGGAACCUUCUGGCAUCGCAACUAUCGAUCAUCCGGACACACGCUCGUUACACACCACACGUUACAGAUAUCUUCUCAAAGGAGCAUGAUGACUGGCCCAAGCACUUGGAAUAUUUCCAAAAGGCCUUCCACAAUACACUGCUAGAAUUCUCGCAAACAGAAGCCAGUCGAUUUAGUGAUCUGCGUGCAUGGAGACCUUCAUCUACCGACGAGGUCUUAUCCGACACACUACGUUCCCUCCCAGAACGCAUUUUCAACCUCGGACAACACGAAACCAACUCUCUACGCCACAAUCCCAUCGGCCCGCAACAUCAAAGCCUCCAAUACUGGAUCUCUCGAGCAUCCGAGUCGCAACCGCCUUCAUACACUUCCUCAGAUGGAGACUUGGCAGAUGUUGUCAAAACGCUCCUAACAAUCUCAGCACAUCUCAGCACUUCGGAGGACUCCGCUGAACAGAAACUUGGUCAUGAAGCAUUCGCGAGUUUACUGAAGCUUAACAAAGAUUCUGGAAUUCCAUUGGAGAAGCUCAAUCAUAUCCAUUGGGGCCACAGUUUUGGCAUCGAGCAUAUCGCCGAAGAUACUCUCAAGAUCUAUCUUCUACUCAACGCAAUUGAUGCGAUCAGACAACAACAGCAGCAGAGCAAUAGCGGUCGUACGACUCAGAUCAUAUCUAUCGUCGAGUUGGAAAGUUUCCGCAAAUGGGCCCGAAAUAGUCUCGUGGAUUUCGAUUUUCCUGCACAAAAUCUUCUGCACUGCGAUUUUUGGCGAAGCCACGUCGAUGCAGAGGAGCAGAUGCGGAGUUCCAAUGCGACUGUUCUGGACGACAGAGUAAUGCAGGGUUUGGAUCCCACGCUUCCUGGCAGUGAAGGCUGGUCUCGGGAUGAUGGCAUUGCGCUGAAGCGGUAUCUUCGGACUUGUUUUGGUAUUCUCGUGCGGUAUAAUAUUCUACUGUUGUUGUGGUAUGGUGAGGAUCAUGCGAAGAGCUUUUGGGAUGAACAGGUUGGCUACUGUCUUGAGUUUCGACAGAAAUGA